CUCCAAUGGAGGUUGUACGAGAUUGUACGUCUCAAAUAUUUGUUUGGAAUCACUGUAUUGGUCUCCUUCAUGACGUAUCGUUCCCGAUUCAUGGCCUCUGUUACGUUAUGCGGUUAAACUUCACCUAAAAAGUAUGUCUUCUUCCUAUAAACGUUAUCCUCACCAAUCCACAAAAUUGCGACUCCGAGUCUCCGUCGUCUUCAGUUGACCAGAAGAAGCUUCAAGCUAAGCCUUUGAAAUCAGCCGUUGAUGAUUGGGUUGGGAGGUUGUUGGCUCUGGUUUAUUCAGACAUGCCAGAUAAAUGCUGGGUGGGUCUCGAUUUGAUGGGAGUAACUUACCAAGAGUGCAGCUCAGAUCGUUUCUUUAGUUUAUACUUUGUUUGGUUCAACAGCUUACUAUCGCAUAUUAAGAAUCCAGAAAGUUCUAGAAUUGUUCGAGUGGUUUCAUGUACUUCAAUCACUGAUCUCCUUACAAGACUGUCUAGAUUCACGAAUACGAAGAAAGAUGCAGUUUCUCACGCUUCGAAAGUAAUCUUUCCAUCAUUAAACUAUUGGAGGAAGAAUCUUCAAAGGCACUAUGGGAAAGCAUUGUCCAUCUGCUGAGUACAAUCCAUCAAAUUUCCAGCCUGAGUCAUGUGAACAUGAUUUUCAAAUUUAUUUGAAUAAUAGCCAUCACAGCAGAUAUCGAGAUAGGAGGAGUUGCCGGAGACAUUUUUAGGAUCUCAAAGUAGAUACUGCCAUCAACACUAUCAGUAAGUGCUCUGAAACUGUAAACCAGUAAGUUCCUUUCCAAGUUGAAUUCUGUUAAGGCUUCUUAAUUAGAUGGUUUUUGUUGCAAAUAACAAAGACACAUGUGUGUUUGAUCUUGAUAUGUGAUUGCAUGCAUCUGUUUUAAAUUUCCAAUCGGUGUAUGGCAAUAGAUUUCAUGCGGUACAUCUGAAUGGUCAUUGAACUUUGUUAUUAUAUGAUGAUUAAAUGUCCUUUUGUUAAUGAAAAUCAAGUUCUUAA